AUACUGGCGCAAUGCACGCACAACGAUGGCAAUUGGUAUAACUUUCUAAAUUUUGCAACACUGUAAACACUUUUUGUGAUAAGUAAACUAUUGUAUUAAUUAUUUAUUUAUUACAUAUUAUUUUUUAUCAUCAAAUUUCAUUUUCAAAAGAUUCGCUUUUCAAAAUAGAAGCCCAAUUAUGGAAAUAAAAGAAUUAGAUAGUUCUACGACACAUGCAAUAGUUCAAAUGUCAGAGACUGAUGCUCUUGGAAAAAGCAUUCGUCUCGUCCCUUGUUUAUGGAUCGCAAAAACUGACGACAAAUGGGUUUGCUUAUAUCCACAAAAAAAAGAUAGCUCUCAAGUUGAAAGUAUGGUCAAAGGUAGUGUUCCACCUCGUGCAGAUUUUGACCGUUACGACAUUAAAAUUGUAAAAGAAGCAAAAAGUUUUGAAGAAGGUGAAAGGAAAUUAAAUCGAAUUUUUGAUAUUGAUAACGCUGAAACUUCUUCAGAUUAUUUUGCUAAUGAAAGUAAUUCAAGGAAAAGGUUUAGAAAUUGCGAAUACGACGAAUCGAAUGAACCAUUUUAUGCUGAAGACAACUCGGUAUAUAAUCUUAAUAGUCCAAUGAGGAUUACACCAGACUUUUCAUCAACUAAAGAAAAUACUGAGAAAACUGAAAACAAUGCCACUGAUUCUUGGGAAGAAUUUUUGGAUAAAAAACUAGAGGCAAUUGAGACGAGAAUAAUAACUAAAAUUGAAUCAGUAAAACGUAGUAUUUCACAUGAAUUGAAUAAAAAGACGGAGGAAAUUUUAAAUCAUUUGACAUCAAAUACUGAAGCUUCAAUUUUAGAAAAUAAUGACACAAACCAUGCGAUUGGUAUUAGAUUUCCCGUGGAAAAUAUGGAACAAUUUGCUAAAUUAUCGCAAACAAUAUCACAAGAUAGUGAAAAGGAGAAGAAUAUGAAAGUAUUUUUAUAUAGAGCACAACGUGGUUGCAGUAGUUUAAAAGGUAGCCUUUCGAAAAUGCUUUCAUCAGCAAUGACAAAAGCAGUACAAUUAAAAUUUAGUGGACAGGGUCGAAAAGUUAAAGGCAAAGGAAAGGAGAAUUUCAGUGCAACACCUUUAUUUCAAUGCAUAGACGGUAUGAUUGUUUUUUUUUUUUUUUUUUAUUUAUUUAAUUCAUUCAUUUAUUAAAUUCAUCAAUGAAUGAUUCUCCGCAUAGCGCACAAUUUCAUGUCCCUCAUAUUUUUUUUUAAGAAAUUAGUUGCACAUGUGGUAAUAAAUCCAACGUGAAAUAUUAAUUUUGAUAUUUACAAAUAGAAGCAAAUAGGCGUUUUUAUUUAUAAUUUAAUUAUAUAUUGAUUGAAAAAGAUAAACAGGGUGGUCAUCGAACUUUGAAACACCUUAAAAAUCGGGAAAACAAUGUGAAUUUAGUUACACCUUUGAAAGAACUGUGAAUUCGCCUUGAACUUUUUAAUUCAAACUUGAAAUUUUAUUUAAAUAUUAACAUUUUUAUUUUAUUUUAAAUUCAGGGAAAUUUUACGUUAAACCGAUAUUUUUCUUAAUUACGUUUAAAUCAAGUUUUAUUAUUUUUUAAUAAUUAUAUGAAGGUGGCAAAAGGGGUAAAAUGAAAAAAAUUUUACGGGCGUUGAAAACUACCUGAAAAGUCCUUCAGAAAAUCCUAUUUACAAAUUAAAAUUUAUAAAGUUUUAUUAUAGUUAUAAAAAUUAAAAACUAUUAAUUAAAAUUUCAACUCCCACUAAUUUAUAUAAUUUUUUCUUUAAUAAGCUAAUAUUUUAGAGAUUUGUUACUCUCGCAUAUAGAACAACAAUUUACCAAAGUAUUAAGACAAUUCAAUAACUUUUAAUUUAAAGUGACUAUUUUCUCAGAGAAUAACUCAUAAGUGAAAAAUUAUUAAAAUUAAACUUAAGAAUUUUAAAAUAUAUUUCAAAAAUAUAUCGUAGCGAUCUCGGGGAAUUUUCAAGGAAAUUUUAUUACCUUUAUAUCUGCCUCUCAAACUUUUUGUUUACAUUUAAGUACAAAAGAUAUCUUAAAUUAAAGGUCAUAAUAAUAAUGGGCGGAUUAAAAAUCCGAAAAAUAAUUAAAUCAGUUGCAAUUCGAGUAUUGACCUGUUUACAAUGUUAUAUGUAAAUUUUGUAAUUUCCAAAUAAAAAUUUAGCUGUA